GCUCUCGCGGGCGAGCUCCUAGAAAGAGUGUGCGCGCGCGCAGGCGCGAAUGUGUGUGUGUGAGAGUGUGUGAGUGUGUGUGUAUGUGCGUGUGUCUGCUCUGCUGUUGCUGCCCUUUGAUCCCUGCAUUAGUGUUAGUUAGGGGCUCGGAGACACACUUGCACCGAGAGCAGCCAUAGUCAAGACACGGCAACAACAACAGCGGCACCUCCUCCGCCUAUGUUCCUAUUCCCAACAAUACACUUUAAACCGAGCAAAGCCAGGUGCACGACCAAGUCCCUGCCAUCACUCGCGCCCGUAGUCUCAAUGGGAAAAAACCUUUUUUCUUCUUAUCCCUAAAACAAGGACGAGAAUGUGAUAAAAAGGGGGGAAAAUGCCAAGGAGGAAGCAGGAGCAGCCCAAGCGCCUGCCUUCACAUGUGGACAGCAAUGAGGACGGCGGGCCCGACGGCAGUCCCCUGAAAGAGGAGAGCUGGUUCGGCAACGCCUCGGACACACGCUCCGAGUCGUCGUCCUACGGGGACGGCCAGGAAGAGCUCCUCCUACCGCACGGCUCCUCCCCCGAUGACCGGCCAGGGGCCGUCGCCGGUGGCGACCAUGACACCUCGGGGGGCGAGAGCUCUUCGCUGGGCUGCCCCACGCCCGUCCACCGCGCCUCCCUGGAGUUCCUGGGGCUGGACGGAGGGGCCUUCUCGGCCCAGGACACCCUGUCCUCGGUGGUGUCCUCUCUGUACGGCGAGAGCGCGUCCCAGGCGCUGGGGAAACCCCUCAGCAGCAACCUGCGCCGCCUGCUGGAGGCUGGCUCUCUCAAGCUAGACGGCGAGCUGCUGUGUCGCUCGGCGAGGGGCGGGCCCGGGGGGGACUCCCCUCCCGUCGGCCUGGUCCCGCCCCUCACCCUCUCGCCGUCCUCCCACCAUGCCCAGCAGCUCAGCGCCCUCGCCCGGAAACUAGCCGGCGCCGGGGGAAGCAACAACAACAACAACCACCAUCACCAACACCACCACCACCACCACGGCAGCUCAGCCUCGGGGUCCCCCGCCUCCAUGGCCGCCUCCGUCAAGCAGGAGCCCCUGGACCCCUUCUCCUCCAUCACCCCCAGCAACGGCAGCGGCGGCGGCGGAGGAGGGGGCUUCGUAUGGGCGGGGGUGGCGGACAAGUGGCCCCCUUUGGGCUGCUCGGCCCCAGGGGGCUCCAGUCUGUCCCCGGACUCGGCCAUCCAGAAGCUGAAGGCGGCGGCCAACGCCGUGCUGCAGGACAAGAACGCCUCGCUGUCCUCCUCCUCCUCCUCCUCCUCUACCUCGGCCUCGUCCGCCGUGGCCAGCCUCGGGGGGGGAGGGGCGGGGGGGCGCGGGGAGGACGUGGUGCGCUUCGACGCCUUCACCUCGCCCUUCAGCCCGCAGUCGGCCAGCUCCACCCUGGCAGCCCUCUCCAAGAAGGUGAGCGAGCGGAGCCACGCGUCGUCGACGGGCGGCGGCGGUGGCGGCGGCGCCGCCGUCAGCGCUGGCGGCGACCACCAGACGUCGGCCAGCUCUUUCCUGUCGCUGGUCUCCAUGACGUCCUCGGCUGCCUUGCUCAAGGAGGUGGCGGCCAGGGCCGCCGGCAACCUCCUAGCCGAGAAGAAGGAAGGGUCCCCAGUGCCGAGCACGGGGCUGCUCCAAGAGGACGUGAAGCCCCUGCUAGACAGGAACCAGAAGCCCCCCACGCCCUCAACACCAACCCAGGGACUCGAUCUGCUGCUGCCCUUCACACCCAAGGGGAGAGGCAAAUCCAGCAGCCAAGCAGGGUCACCGGAGGAUGGCGGCAAGCCGUUCCAAUGUCCUGUGUGCGGGCUGGUCAUCAAGCGCAAGAGCUACUGGAAGAGACACAUGGUAAUUCACACAGGCUUGAAAAGCCACCAGUGUCCACUGUGUCCCUUCCGCUGUGCUCGCAAAGACAAUCUCAAGUCUCACAUGAAGGUCCAUCAGCACCAAGACCGCGGCGAGACGUUCCAGUGUGAACUCUGCCCCUUCACCUCCUCGCGCCACUUCAGCCUGAAGCUCCACAUGCGCUGCCACCAGCACUUCCCCCGCUCGGACCUCAAGGUCAAGGAGGAGGUGACCACGGACACGGAGGGCGAGGGCUCCCUGAUGGGGGACAGCAUGGCUGACAUGCAGGCCUCCUCCCCGUUGCUGUCGGCGACGGGGGACGGGAGGCUGCAGACGUCGCCGUGCGUGGACGCCUCCACGAACCACGUGCACAUCAAGGAGGAGCCUCAGGAAAGAGACCUGUCUGUGCUUUCUCCCUUCACCAUGUGCAACAAGGAGCUCCCGGCCGGGCUUGGCAUGGCCAACUCCCUGGACCUCUCGGGGGUGGGGGCUGGGAUGAGGUCCAGUCCGGGGGGUCCGGCCACGCCCUCGCUUUUCAGCGGGGACAUCAGCAGCAAGACGGCCACGGACCUGCUUAUGAAGCUAUCAGCUGCCAAUCAGAGAGAGGCUCUGAAGUCCCCGUUCCACCUGAAGGUGGAGCCCCGGUCGGAGGAGGUCUUAAGCCCCAGGCCGGCCUCCCUCUCCCAGGGUCAUGCUCAGCCAGGCUUCCCCCUCUCCGUCCUCUGCCAGGAGGGUCCCAAGGCGGCCGUAGGGGGGGGAGUGGCCGAUCGCCCAGCCGGGCCCCUGAAGCCAAGGGAGGGAAGCCCCAUGGCAAAGAGCAACCUGCUGAACCAGGACAUCAGCAUCAAAGUGGCCUCCGAGUUGUUGAUGAAGCUAUCAGAGAACAACAAGGACUCCCAGUAUCAUAAGGUGUCGGUGAAGGCGGAGCCUAUGGAGGUGGACCCCGUGCCUACAGACCUGGCUCCUCCCCCAUCUCACCUGCUGGCCUUUGGCGCUAUGGGGGCGAACGAGAAGAGGGAGCCAAUGGCCAGUCUGCCUGAAGCACUGCCCCGCCCCCAGAAAGACCUCUUCUCGCAAGACAUAUCGGUGAAAAUGGCAUCGGAACUGCUCUUCAAGUUGUCAGAAAAAGUCAGUAAAGCCAACGACCACCAUAAAGACAGUAACAUGGGACUAAACAGUCCCUUCCUGGAUGAACGCUUCAGACAAUCACCCUUUAACUCGCGCUCCAAGAGCUCCUCCCCCGCCGAGGCCAGCUCCUCCGCCAGGACCGCCUUCCACGACUCUGAGAAGUGUGUGGGGGAGCAAGGGAACGGCAUUGCCCAGUGGGGUCUGAACGAGCAGCUCUUCCCCUGUCCUGUGUGUGGCAAGGUGUUUGGCCGACAGCAGACCCUUUCCAGACACAUGUCUCUACACACAGAAGAGAGGAAGUAUAAGUGUCACCUGUGUCCUUACGCAGCCAAGUGCAGAGCAAACCUCAACCAGCACCUGACCAUCCACUCGGUCAAGCUGGUCAACACAGACACCGAGCAGAUCGUCACCGCGGUUACCGCAGAAUCUGCCGACCGCAAGAACUGCGCCUACUACUACAGCUGCCAUGUGUGUGGCUUCCAGACGGAGCUCAACGCCCAGUUUGUCAGCCACAUGUCGCUCCAUGUGGACCGGGAGCAGUGGAUGUUCUCGCUGUGCUGCAGCGUCUGUGACUACGUCUGUGUGGAGGAGAACGACAUGAAGAACCACGUCAGUGCUGGCCACGCGGGUCUGAUUUCCCGGAGUCCCCUGAGCGAAACCAAGAGCACCUCCUCCUCCCUCUCCGCCCUCAGCGAUUCGCUCAACAGCUCCGAGGGCAGCGACCUCACCCACAGCACUGAAGAACUGAAGAACCUGCUUGCCCCGCCUUCUUCUGCAGGGAGCCAAUCCAGCUCCGGAAGCCACUCCGGAUCAGGAACAGAGGAGAAGUCGGAGAAAGGCUUUGAGUGCGUCUUCUGCAACUUUGUCUGCAAGACGCGCAGCAUGUACGAGCGCCACCUCCAGAUCCACCUUAUCACGCGCAUGUUCGAGUGCGACGUGUGCCACAAGUUCCUCAAGACGCCAGAGCAGCUGCUGGAGCACAAGAAGUGCCACACCGUCCCCUCCGGAGGACUCAAGGUUUGUGAAGCGCUUUGGGGCCCAGAGCAGAUGAAAGGUGCUAUUUAAAUGUGCCCCCUCUGCAUCUACUCCACCAGUCGCCCAGCAGCCAUGGAGUGCCACCUGAAGAUUCACUGCAAGGUGGAGUACCGCUGCCGCAUCUGCCAGGCCCUGUGGGCCGACCAGGCCUCGCUGGACGCCCACGUGCGC